AUGGUAGGGGUUACUAUUUUUAUCAUUAUUUAUAUAAAAAUUUUAUUUUAUGUAAAUAGAUAUAUAAAAAAAAAAAAAAAAAAUGCUAGUUUUUUUUUUUUUUUUUUUUUGGAAAUUCAAAUAACACAAACACACAAAAAUAAUGGGAUAGUUAAUUGGGGAAAGAAUUUAUAG